CCUUCGGCCAAAAUGGCGGCCUACCUGCAGUGGCGGCGCUUCGUUUUCUUCGACAAGGAGCUGGUGAAGGAGCCGCUAGGCAAUGAUGGGGCUGCUCCCACGGCUGCACCUGCCUCCGGACCCGCUGUUUCCAAGUUCCUUUGCCUCCCUCCCGGCAUCACUGUCUGCGACUCGGGCCGAGGGAGCCUAGUCUUUGGAGAUAUGGAAGGCCAAAUCUGGUUCUUGCCUCGCUCCCUACAGCUGACAGGCUUCCAAGCCUACAAACUGCGGGUGACACACCUGUACCAACUGAAGCAGCACAAUAUUUUGGCAUCUGUUGGUGAAGAUGAAGAAGGCAUCAACCCCCUGGUAAAGAUCUGGAACCUGGAGAAGAGAGAUGGUGGCAAUCCACUCUGCACCCGAAUCUUCCCUGCCAUCCCAGGAACAGAGCCGACUGUUGUGUCUUGUUUGACUGUCCAUGAAAAUCUCAACUUUAUGGCCAUUGGUUUCACAGAUGGUAGUGUUACAUUGAACAAAGGAGACAUCACCCGGGACCGGCAUAGCAAGACCCAGAUUCUGCACAAGGGAAACUACCCUGUAACUGGGCUGGCCUUUCGCCAAGCGGGAAAGACCACUCAUUUGUUUGUUGUGACAACUGAGAACGUUCAGUCCUAUAUCGUUUCUGGAAAGGACUACCCUCGUGUGGAGUUGGACACCCAUGGUUGUGGCCUGCGCUGCUCAGCCCUAAGCGACCCUUCACAGGACCUGCAGUUCAUAGUGGCCGGAGAUGAAUGUGUCUAUUUGUACCAGCCUGAUGAACGUGGGCCCUGCUUUGCCUUUGAGGGCCAUAAACUCAUCGCUCACUGGUUUAGAGGCUACCUUGUCAUUGUGUCCCGUGACCGGAAGGUUUCUCCCAAGUCAGAGUUUACCAGUAGGGACUCCCAGAGCUCCGACAAGCAGAUUCUCAACAUCUAUGACCUGUGCAACAAGUUCAUAGCCUAUAGCGCCGUCUUUGAGGAUGUAGUGGAUGUGCUCGCUGAGUGGGGCUCCCUGUACGUGCUGACGCGGGAUGGGCGGGUCCACGCACUGCAGGAGAAGGACACACAGACCAAGCUGGAGAUGCUGUUUAAGAAGAACCUAUUUGAGAUGGCCAUUAACCUGGCCAAGAGCCAGCACCUGGACAGUGAUGGGUUGGCCCAGAUCUUCAUGCAGUAUGGGGACCAUCUCUACAGCAAGGGCAACCACGAUGGGGCUGUUCAGCAGUAUAUCCGGUCAGUCUUGGGAACCAUUGGAAAGUUGGAGCCGUCCUAUGUGAUCCGCAAGUUUCUGGAUGCCCAGCGCAUCCACAACCUGACCGCCUACCUGCAGACCCUGCACCGGCAGUCCCUGGCCAAUGCCGACCAUACCACCCUGCUGCUCAACUGCUAUACCAAGCUCAAGGACAGCUCGAAGCUAGAGGAGUUCAUCAAGACAAAGAGUGAGAGUGAAGUCCACUUCGAUGUGGAGACGGCCAUCAAGGUCCUCCGGCAGGCUGGCUACUACUCCCAUGCCCUCUACUUGGCUGAGAACCAUGCACAUCACGAGUGGUACUUAAAGAUCCAGCUAGAGGACAUCAAGAAUUAUCAGGAAGCCCUACGGUAUAUCGGCAAGCUGCCUUUCGAGCAGGCCGAGAGCAACAUGAAACGCUAUGGCAAGAUCCUCAUGCACCAUAUACCAGAGCAGACGACCCAGUUGCUGAAGGGACUCUGUACGGACUAUCGGCCUAGCCUCGAAGGCCGAGGCGAUCGGGAGACUCUGGGCUGCAGGGCCAACUCGGAGGAGUUCAUCCCCAUCUUCGCCAACAACCCUCGAGAGUUGAAAGCUUUCCUGGAACACAUGAGUGAAGUCCAGCCGGACUCACCGCAGGGCAUCUAUGACACGCUUCUGGAGCUGCGGCUGCAGAACUGGGCCCACGAGAAGGAUCCACAGGUCAAAGAGAAGCUGCACGCAGAGGCCAUCUCCCUGCUGAAGAGCGGCCGCUUUUGCGACGUCUUUGACAAGGCCCUGGUCCUCUGCCAGAUGCAUGACUUCCAGGAUGGGGUCCUUUACCUCUACGAACAGGGGAAGCUGUUCCAGCAGAUCAUGCACUACCACGUGCAGCACGAGCAGUACCGGCAGGUGGUGGCCGUGUGCGAGCGCCACGGGGAGCAGGAGCCCUGCCUGUGGGAGCAGGCGCUCAGCUACUUCGCCCGGAAGGAGGAGGACUGCAAGGAGUACGUGGCAGCUGUGCUCAAGCACAUUGAGAACAAGAACCUCAUGCCACCCCUACUAGUGGUGCAGACGCUGGCCCACAACUCCACAGCCACCCUGUCUGUCAUCCGGGAUUACCUGGUCCAAAAACUGCAGAAACAGAGCCAGCAGAUCGCACAGGACGAGCUCCGGGUGCGGCGGUACCGAGAGGAGACCACCCGCAUCCGCCAGGAGAUCCAGGAGCUCAAGGCGAGUCCGAAGAUCUUCCAGAAGACCAAGUGCAGCAUCUGUAACAGUGCCUUGGAGUUGCCCUCAGUCCACUUCCUCUGCGGCCACUCCUUCCACCAACACUGCUUUGAGAGUUACUCAGAAAGUGAUGCCGACUGCCCCACCUGCCUCCCUGAAAACCGGAAGGUCAUGGAUAUGAUCCGGGCCCAGGAACAGAAACGCGAUCUGCACGAUCAGUUCCAGCACCAGCUCAAGUGCUCCAGCGAUAGCUUCUCUGUGAUUGCGGACUACUUUGGCCGAGGUGUUUUCAACAAAUUAACUCUGCUGACCGACCCUCCUGCGGCCCGGCUGACUGCAAGCCUGGAGGCCGGGCUGCAGCGGGACCUGCUCAUGCACUCCAGGAGGGGCACUUAAGCAGCUUGGGGGGAGGGGUGUGAGUGGCGGUGCAGCAGUGGAGACCCGGGGGACGCAGGCAGAGCAGACGUGCCCAGGACUCCACCCUGAUCUGAUGCCAUAGCCCUCAGGCGUAAAAGGGACUUUCUUUUUCUCCCUCCUCCUUUGGCCAGGCCGCCAUUCCUCCUGUUGACUUUUUGAGCAGUGUGGAUCAUUCCAGACCAGCGGGGGAGGGCACCUCAGCAACCUCUGAGUAUGAACAAUAGCUGCUUUAUUCUCUAUCCAAGAGCACCAGGCUGUGCUUGGGUCCUUGCUCCCAGAGUCUAUAAAUAAAAGAAUAUAAUAGUUUGGCA